CAACUAAUGUAGUAACAUCUUUACCCAAUUACCAUCAAGUUUGGGAAAGCCUUGUUUCUUGUCUGCUCCCAAUUUAGUGUAUUUUGUUCUUGUUUUGUGAAAUUUCAUUAUAUUGGAUUAAUUCGGUUCUUCCUUAAAAAAAUUGUGUAUUAAUAAAUUUAUAUAAAUGAUUAGAACUUUUUCGGUGGAGUUUUGUGUGGAGCUUUAGCUUUUUACAAUCAUAAUAACGAUUAAAAAAAGGGAUUAUUUUGAGAAAUCAAAAAGAAGUGAAGCUGUGAAAAAAUCACAAUUUAUUUAUACAAGCAGGAUUAUUAAAAAGAAUUGAAGACAAACAUUCUUGAAGGUCAGCUACUGGAAUCAUAUUGGAUAUAUAUAUCACAUUUUACUUGAACUGCUGUAAACGAGGGGAAGAGGUUCUCUUCUAAAGUCAACGAUCGGAGGAAUAAUAGUAAUUUAUAAGAUGCGGACAACGAACUUUGCUUACCGCACUGCGAUAGCGUUGGCUACAAUUGCAUGUUUCGUUUGCUUACUCCCCACCGCAUAUGGACGCAUGGCAUUCGAAAAGCUCACCGACUACGACUUUUCCGGUACGUCAUACUUUAGUGUAAAAAACUUGUCACUAUAUGAAUGUCAGGGCUGGUGCCGCGAGGAGCCGGAUUGUCAGGCAGCCGCAUUCAGUUUCGUUGUGAACCCACUGUCACCAUCGCAGGAAACUCACUGCCAGCUGCAGAAUGAUUCAAGUGCACACAAUCCGUCUGCGGUACCACAAAGGUCAGCCAACAUGUACUACAUGGUAAAACUGCAGUUGCGCAGUGAGAAUGUUUGCUUGAGACCGUGGUCGUUUGAACGUGUACCUAAUAAAAUUAUUCGGGGUCUCGAUAAUGCCCUGAUCUAUACAAGUACAAAAGAAGCCUGCCUGUCAGCCUGUUUGAAUGAGAAACGAUUCGUCUGCCGGUCUGUUGAGUAUGACUACAACAACAUGAAGUGCGUGCUCAGCGAUUCAGACAGGCGCAGCAGUGGCCCAUUCAUUCAAUUAAAUGACGCACAAGGAACUGAUUACUUUGAAAACUUAUGCCUUAAGCCCCAACAAGCUUGUAAAAAUAAUCGACAAUUUGCAAACGCUCGCAUGGGAGUGUCAGAUGAGAAAGUAGCACAAUAUGUGGGCCUGCAUUAUUACACUGACAAGGAGUUGCAAGUUACAUCCGAGUCGGCUUGUCGACUUGCCUGUGAAAUUGAAACUGAGUUCCUCUGUCGAUCAUUCCUUUACCUUGGCCAACCACAGGGUUCCCAGUACAAUUGCAGGCUUUACCAUUUAGAUCACAAGACUUUACCUGACGGACCGUCGACCUAUUUGAAUGGCGAACGUCCUUUGAUUGAUCACGGUGAACCAAUUGGCCAAUAUUUCGAGAAUCAGUGCGAAAAAGCACCACCAGUAGCGCCAGGUUCAUCGCCACAAGAUAACACCUUGCCCGUUAGUAUUGAUGCCACUGAAGAUCCAAACCUUAAUAAUUUGACAAGAACUGAUGUGAACUGUGAUAAGACUGGAACUUGCUAUGAUGUGUCAGUUCACUGCAAGGACACACGUAUUGCUGUUCAAGUUCGAACAAACAAGCCAUUCAACGGACGUAUUUAUGCUUUGGGGCGUUCGGAGACAUGUAACAUUGACGUGAUCAAUUCGGAUGCAUUUAGAUUGGAUCUAACAAUGGCGGGACAGGACUGUAAUACCCAAAGUGUGACCGGAGUCUAUUCAAAUACAGUUGUUCUGCAACAUCAUAGUGUUGUCAUGACGAAAGCUGACAAAAUUUACAAGGUCAAAUGCACGUAUGACAUGAGUUCCAAAAACAUCACUUUCGGAAUGAUGCCCAUCCGCGAUCCAGAAAUGAUUCACAUCAACUCUUCGCCAGAAGCCCCACCACCAAGAAUUCGCAUUCUCGAUACAAGGCAGCGUGAAGUCGAAACAGUGCGCAUUGGAGAUCGUCUAAUGUUCCGUAUUGAAAUUCCCGAAGACACGCCCUAUGGAAUUUAUGCCCGUUCGUGUAUUGCCAUGGCCAAGGAUGCUCGUACCAGUUUCAAGAUUAUUGAUGAUGAUGGCUGUCCCACUGACCCCACAAUAUUCCCCGGUUUCACUGCUGAUGGCAAUGCCCUUUUGUCAACUUACGAAGCCUUCCGUUUUACUGAAAGUUAUGGUGUGAUUUUCCAAUGUAAUGUCAAGUAUUGCCUGGGACCAUGUGAACCAGCUGUUUGUGAAUGGAAUAUGGAAUCAUUCGAAUCAUUGGGUAGAAGAAGGCGUCGUUCUAUUGAUAGUAACGAAACCAAAGAAGCUGAUGAUGAUAUGAACAUUUCUCAAGAAAUUCUUGUUCUUGAUUUCGGAGAUGAGAAAAGAGAAUUUUUCAAGGCGGAUCCAAGUACCGAUUUCGCCAAAGAUAAAACUGUAACAAUAAUCGAACCAUGUCCAACAAAGACAUCCGUGCUAGCUCUUGCCGUUACAUGUGCCCUAAUGAUUCUGCUUUAUAUCUCAACUCUUUUCUGUUAUUACAUGAAAAAAUGGAUGCAACCGCAUAAGAUUGUUGCUUAGAUAUUAAAAAAAGAACUGCUAACAUACAUUGCUUUUCAAAAUAGUUUUAAAAUAGUUGCAUUUUUACAAUAAGAAAAAAUUAUUUCUUUCUAAUACUUGAGUCUCCAUCACGCUCUGACGCACACGCAUCUUUAAUGAGCGAUAAACAUGCAGAGAACUUACCUUAUCGAAGCAUAUUACAUUUGAAAGCUUAUUUAUACACUUAAGAUGACACACACAACAUUUUUUUAUUUGUAUACAAAAAAAAAACACCAUUAGCAUUAUUAGUUAUUAUAUCAAGCCACCCACAAAAGUGGGGACAAAAUACACUUUCUAUUAAGUUCAAGCUGAUCGGAAGUAGGAAUUGUUUUCGUAUUUAGUAGUUUUCAAAGUUUGUAGCUGUAAAAGUAUGACUUAAUUUAGAUACAAACUAAAACAUCAAUGAUUUUCGUAACAUCACAAUUCUUUUUCUGCCGAUGAUAACUGAUUGAGAAUUGUUUGAAAACACUUUAGUCCUCUUUACCCGAUCAAUUCGAACUUAAAUAGAGACUGUCAAAUUAUUUAUUCACUUUGAUUAAAAAUUAUAUUUUAUUUUUUAUAAUAUUUGUUUGAAAAACAAAAAUUAAAAAAAAUUAGCCAAUAUAAACAUUUUAACUAAAUUAAGGAUACAAACAAUAUUACAAGUUCUAUAUCGAUUAAAAAUGGGAAUAAAGUGGUAUCCUCUUGAAAAAAAAACACUAUGUAACAGAAUUAGUAGUUAAAUUAUAAAUACUUUUAAAUUAAUUAUUUUUAAGAAAUCAAACUAUUUAUUAUGGCAGACAUUGCAAUAAUUACUGAUUUAAAAAAAUAAUAAUUUUAAUGGUUACAAAAGAAAUAAAAUUUACUUAUAAGGUGAUUUAAUAUUUUUGUAAUCUGUAAAU